GCAUCAACUCUUCAGCCAUGAAAGGUUUACUGGGACUCAUCGUGUUGGCGUUCACUUCCUCCGUAGCAUCUGCGAGAAGUUUAGGGCAAACGCCUGACUUGCUUGACGUGCAGAACUCGUCGACGAAGGCAGUGUUCCGGCGCCUCAUCAACACCGUCGUGUCCAGGGACUCGGAGGAGCUGUCGGCGCGACUGCGUCAGCUGCUCAACGAGCGUCUCGAGCCUCAACAACUCAAGG